AUGGCUCAAACGAAGCCCGUGGUCGCAAUUUUGUAUCAGGCUCUUGCGCCGCCCAUGUAUGGAGGCGUUAGUAAGCCGCCGAAGCCUGGAGGAUACAGGGAUUCGGGCUCGGAUGUUGCAUAUACGCUUGCUCGUUCAGGUACCACUGUUCUCACGCCCGUUGAGAGCCCUGACCCGGCAAAUCAAGAGCACUGGUGCUUUCCAGACACCGAGGAGGGUAUUCUAAUGGCAGUGCAGAAGGGCGCAACACAUCUUUGGGCGAAUACUGUGCUCUUCGCAAAGCAUCCAAUUCAGACCUCGUCACUGCUAACGCCGUAUGAGUCCCAGAUCAAGGUCAUUGGACAACCGCCGUUAUGCGCGGAUCAAUUCGACGACAAGUCCUUUGUGAACGACUGCUUACGUCGACACGGGGGGCUCACGUUACCUAAGUCAUGGACCUUAGAUGACCCACAGGCAAAGGGAAUUGAAGAAACAUCCCUCGACGAAGAAAAUACGAAGCGCCUACUGGAGUCCAUCCAUGAACAGGACUAUCCCAUAGUCGCAAAACCGGUUCGUGGCCGAGGUAGCCACGGUGUGAAGAUUUGUCGAAACGCAACCGAGCUGGCUGAACAUGUCACCCAACUCUUCAGCGAGUCACCACGUGUUUUGCUAGAAGAAUACUUGGCUGGCGAAGAAGGCACCAUUACCAUCAUGCCGCCCUCUUUCCAAGUAGACCAUGUGUCAGAUUCAUCUGAGCGCUUUGCUCGUCACUGGGCUCUGCCUCCUGUGACUCGAUUUAAUCACGUGAAUGGCAUUGCUCCAUAUAGUGGGAAUGUCGCCGUGACAGUUAACUCUCGAGCAGUUACUGAUGCCGAGAUUGAGGCAGACCCUGCGUAUGCAACGAUUAUGAAGGAAUGUGAAACUGUUGCGAGUCUUCUCCAGACAACAGCGCCUCUUCGAAUAGACGUUCGUCGAUUCGGGUCAAAAUCCAAAUUUGCCCUGUUCGAUAUAAACAUGAAACCUAAUAUAACCGGGCCGGGACGUCCAGGUCGUGAUGACCAAACAAGCUUGAUGGGCCUUGCUGCCAAGGGCAUGGGCUGGGACUACCCCAGAUUUUUGCAGUAUGUGCUUGGGUCUGCCAAGCAGCUGGGCCAGCUUCGUGACUACAGGAGUGUACUAUCUAAGGAGUCAUUCACAUGA